AUGCAGCUUGUCGGCCCGCUGCCGCGUGGCAUCUUCAAUGCGGCUGCGUUCGAUGGGCGCACUGCGGCGGGUGACGGCGCCCUGCAGGCGACUGGCGCCCCGGUUGCCGAGGAGGACUAUGAUUGGGAAGGCGAGAAACUGUGGGGUGCGGGGAAUCCGUUUUGGAGGCUGAGAAGAUUGAGCGGGAGCGUGGCGCUCGCGGUGUGGAGGCCGUGCGGCACACAAAUGUGUGUUGCCUCUUUGAUCUUCGAAUGGGGACACGUUUGUGUGAGUGGUUCUGGGCCCCAGCGAGUGCCUCUCGCGGUUACGGCGUGCCGCUCGCCUUCCUGA